GCGUUACCGUGACGUGUAUUUUGUUAGAAGUCUGAACGCAACACUUUCCGCGUCAGCAGAGAGGAGUCGGUUCCUGCGCUCGUCACUGACCGUUCAAGAGGAUUGUUCAGACGUCGAGUCGCGAUGGCGGGAGAGGUGACGAUGAUCGGUUCGGUCAUCCUGGCGCUCUUCCUCGCCGGAUACCUGGGCCAGCAGUACCUGCCGCCCCCCACACCGCGGGUCAUCGGCCUGGACCUGGGCACCACCUUCUGCUCGGUGGGCGUGUUCCUGCCCGGCAGCGGGGGGGUGGAGGUCAUCGCCGACGAGGGAGGCCGGAAGAGCAUCCCCAGCGCCGUCUCCUUCACUGCCGCCUCGGUGCUGGCUGGACACGACGCUCUGGACCUGGCCGACUCCAACCCCCGGAACACCAUCUACGAUGCCAAGAGGUUCAUCGGCAAGACAUUCGAGCGGGACUCGCUGGAGCAGGAGAGCGGCCGCUACCCCUUCAAGGUGGUGAACCAUAACGGCAGCGCGCUUUUUGAGGUCACCACCAACCACACCUUCACUGUGAGCCCCGAGUACGUGGGUUCCAGGCUGCUGCUGAAGAUGAGGCAGAUGGCCGAGCGGCACCUGGGCGUGACGGUGCAGAACGCCGUCAUCUCGGUGCCGGCGGAGUUCGACGAGCGCCAGAGGAACUACACGGAGAGAGCAGCUAACUUGGCGGGGCUGAAGGUCCUGAGGGUGAUCAACGAGCCCACCGCCGCCGCCAUGGCGUACGGGCUGCACAAGGCGCAGGUCUUUCACGUGCUGGUGGUGGAUCUGGGAGGAGGAACCCUGGACGUGUCGCUGCUCAACAAGCAGGGGGGGAUGUUCUUCACCAGGGCCAUGGCAGGCAACAACCAGCUGGGUGGUCAGGACUUCAGCCAGCGGCUGCUCCAGUACUCCGUGGACCGAGUCCAGCAGCGGUUCGGCGCCCCGCCCACUCUCAAAGAGGACAUCCACCGUCUCCGCCAGAGUGUGGAGGCGGCCAAGCUCAACCUCACCCUCCAUCCCAGCGCCACCAUCAGGCUGCCUCUGCACCUGGACACCCAAGGUUCCCGUCCAUCGUCGGUCGUGUUCGAGGAGGUCGUCACCCGCGAGCUCUUCGAGGAGCUCAACCAGGACCUUUUCGAGAAGAUCCUGGUCCCGAUCAUGACGGUGCUGGAGGAGGGUCACCUGGCCAAGGAGGAGGUGGAGGAGAUCGUCCUGGUCGGAGGAUCCACCCGAAUCCCGCGAAUCCGGCGGCUCAUUAGCGAGUACUUUGGGAAGGAGCCCAACACGUCCGUGGACCCGGACCUGGCCGUGGUGACCGGGGUGGCCAUCCAGGCCGGGAUCAUGGGCGGCUCCUGGCCCCUGCAAGUCAGCGCCAUUGAAAUCCCAAACAGACAUUUGAGGAAGAGGAACUUUAACUGAUGACAGUGUGGCGAGCGAUGAGCUCCACUGCUGGCCGGUGGAGAUGGGCAGAGAAGGUGACUCUGUCCUCAGUGGCUUGGACACGGCGGGGCUGUCUCGGCCUCGGCAGCCUGCAGCGACCGCUCCCACUUAUCGCUCAGGAACAAGAAGACGGUGCGUAUUUAUUAACAUUGUAGAGGUCGGGUGUCGCCCAACCUGCCGCUCUGCUUCCCAGUGUCGGCUGCGUGCCUUUAAAGCCACAUGGCUUCAGUGGGCAUUCUGAAGCCUGCGAUGCUGCUCCUGUCUGGAACUGUGUGAGACAUGAGGUUGCACUGGAGUGAUGACUCAUGGUGCAGCCUCCAGCUCCCUGGUGUCAUGAGAUCCUGUUUAAUCUACUGAGUAAAGUUUCCCUGGACGGCCGCAGGCCUCGUCUUGUCACUGAAUAUUCCGGAACUGCUGCGAAAAGUGCUCCAGCUACUUGGUGCUUGUUCAUCCUCGUGUGCCAGGACCUGAUGAAGUCACCAUGUUGCCUGCAGUCCCUCGCUCUACCUGAGCUGCAGUGUUGACUCUGCCCAGGUUUUGGUUUCUUACUGUGGAUGAGACAUUUUUCAAUGUUCCAGUGCCUGUGAAAACAUCUGAACCCUGCUAUUUCCACACCACGGUGUUGAAUAGUCACUCAUUCCUGAUGUAAUAAAGCAGUAGUUUGGUCGCUAGACGCUACAGUGGAGCUGUGCGUUUCCAUCCAAAGUGCCACACUGACAACCGCGCACGCAAACAAUUAAAAAAACGCGCCACUUCUGGCAACGAAAGUGGCUCUUUGCUCAAAGCUAAAUAUGUUGGCGCUGGUCAGAACCGCCGUUCGUGGACCUACCUGCUAGCGACUCCUGACGGUGUCCUCCGUCCAUUCAGUCAUGGAGCAGGGCUCCUCUGUUCACCCGUCCGUCAGAGUUUCUGGAUCUUCACCCUACACUCCGCCAUACUUCAGCGUCCAAUACAGACGUGCGCGCGCUCCUUCAUACGUCAUCACCAUUCAAACGCUAAAAGAGUUUUGUUAAUGAGCGUUACAGCGAAUAAUUUCAACAAAAUAAAUCUUCUGGUUUUAUUUAAGGACCAGACGGACUUGUGAAAGCUGGUAUUCGGAGUCGUUUUAUUGUCAGAGGCACAGUAAUACACGGUACAGGUCAACAUUAACAGUAAAGAUCACGAGCCUGCAGUCGUGCUCGGAGCUUCAUCUUCAUCAGCCACUUUAUUUACAGUGUUCACUUCACAUCCCCAAAACAACAACAACAACAACCACCUGUGGAACUUCUGCUGUCGUCACCUGCUUCAAUGCACCUUUUUUACAGAAAUAUACAGUCACAAGAAACACCAUUUGUAAAAAAUAAAAACAAAAAGUCAUUCACGUAAACCAUAAAAACAGCAGUCGUUGGUUCCAUGUC